AUGACAGCGAGGGAAUUAAUACUUGUGGGCAUAAUCGCCCUAGCCAUUGCUCAAAAUGAAACGGCAUUUUUCGACUAUGUGAUAGCUGGAGCUGGAACAGCAGGCCUUCUUCUCGCCGUUCUACUUUCUGAAAACCCCAAUAUCACAGUCUGUAUCCUAGAAGCUGGUGGUGAUGGAAGAUAUGAGAAUAACAUCACAGACCCAGAACUGAGAGGGUCAAUCCAGCAUACCAAAUAUGACUGGCAAUUUUGGACAACAUCACAACCUGGUCUGGACACGGGAGCCCAGCCCGUACCCAGGGGAAAAGUCAUUGGCGGUACAUCUUCGAUGAACUGGAUGAUACAUAACACGGACAGCAGAGUACAGCUGGAUAUUUGGGAAUCCCUUCUCAACCUUACCGGCUGGAACUUCGAGACAUUAUCUACAGCAUAUCGGCAAUCAGAGAAGAUGUAUGGGCCACCAAGCAACAUGUCUCAAUAUUUCAUGUAUAAUCCUGCAUACCAUGGUGGUGGUGGCUACAUCCAAUCCGUCUUCCAGCGAAGUGUUCUUGAUCUAUUCCCCCAAUACCUUAGCCCUACGCUUUUGAAUUCCGGUUACCAAGUUCCUUCAGACCGGAACGGUGGUGAUGCAGUUGGUGGUGGAUUUUUGCCUCUAGCCAUAGAGCCAUCUACUUACACUAGGUCAUACUCUGGAUCUGCGUAUACUUCGGCUGAAGGUAGACGAAAUCUUCACGUCUUGACUAAUAGCCAAGUAACGAGGAUUGACUGGAAGGAAGGCACUGCUGAUACUUCCAUCUCUGCAGCAGGCCUUAGUUACAUUAAUUUGGGGCCUGCGUUGAACUUAACCUCUCAUAUUAGAGGAAGGCAUGUUAUCCUCAGUGCCGGUUGCAUUCAAUCAUCACAGAUCUUAGAGCUUUCAGGCAUUGGCGAUCCAACGAUAUUGACACCAAUCGGUAUCACGCCAAAGAUAAAUCUACCAAACGUUGGUGUAGGACUGAGAGAUCCGCCAAUGAUGAAUUAUCCUCCAAUCUCUUUCGGUCUCAGCGUGAGCCUCUCUGGGGGUGAAUAUAUUCAAAAUUACAUCCAGAUAGAGAGCGCUCGCAAUAUGCUCAGCAGCGAAGACUAUACCGCAGCAUCGCAAUGGCUCAACGCAACUGACAGCAUCCCGGGACUCCCAGACGCACAACUCGAAGUUUUCAAAACCCUCUGGUUUACAGAUCAACCACUGAUAGAGAUGGCAUGGCAAUUCAAGGAGCCAAAGGUAACACCAUACAAUCUCUUACCUCUCAGCCAAGGUACUGUCCACGUUAACAAUAGCGAUCCGCUCGCUCCUCCUGUCAUUGACCCGAAUUAUAAUAGAGUUGUUGCUACUAUCAAUGGCACGAGAGUCGAAUGGGACAUGUGGUUUCUUGCCAAAGCCGCUCAGUUCUGGGAAACGAAAAUAGCCACGACGUCGCCUAUGAAAGACAUUAUCACUUCGGCGGAUCCACCUUUCGACAUACCGUUCGAUCAAUACUAUGAUAUCGUGAAGCAGCGGACCGGCACGUCCGAGCACCUCACGGGCGGCAACCCGAUGCUUGCAGAGGAAGCAGGGGGCGUAGUCGACACGACUCUAUUGGUGUACGGAACCAGCAAUGUGAGAAUUGUAGACGGCUCAGUCUUCCCCUAUCAGCCAUCUGCGCAUCCUAUGGGGUUGACUUACGCGUUGGCGAUGAGGGCAGCCCAAUUUCUCCAGGAGUUGCCCGGCGGAGGCGGACUCACGCCGUCGCUGCAACUUCCGCAGAGUAAUGCUAGCGCAAACACCACCGCAGUUUUUAGGUGA